AACAUUACCCUCUCCUGGCCCCCUAGCCUAGGGAGUGGUGGAGCUGAAACGAACAAAGGACGGAGCUUGUGGACGCAGAGACUGGACUCAGGAGAUGUUCUUGUGGUGACCCAGAUAUUGGAUGCAAAUAAAGAACUAUGCACUAUUUAACUAGGGGCAUUUUAGGGAAACCCUGUUUCCCUGAGCAAAGCAGGUCCUAAGCCGGGGCAAAGGACUGGCGUCUGCAGCAGCCAACCACCAGCGAAGAGGCGGCCAGUCUAGGGGAGGCGGGCGUGCUGAUCGUCAGAGGGGCUUGCUCGCCGCGAAGCCCGGGCUGAGAGCAGCCGUGCUCGGGGCAGGUGGCGCCCAGGAGCGGGCAAUGCCCUGUGUCGCUCGCUGGUUACAAUCUAAUUUAACACAAUGUCACAACAACGAGUCCUGCCUCAGAGUAAAGAGACCCUCCUACAGUCCUACAACAAGAGGCUGAAAGAUGACAUCAAGUCAAUCAUGGAUAACUUCACAGAGAUCAUCAAGACUGCUAAGAUUGAAGAUGAAACCCAAGUCUCUCGAGCAACCCAGAGUGAGCAGGACAACUAUGAGAUGCACGUCAGAGCUGCCAACAUCGUCCGAGCUGGCGAAUCCCUGAUGAAGCUUGUGUCUGACCUGAAGCAGUUCUUGAUCCUCAAUGACUUCCCCUCCGUGAACGAAGCCAUUAACCAGCGUAACCAGCAGCUGCGGAGCGUGCAGGAAGAGUGUGACAAGAAGCUGAUCUCGCUGAGGGAUGAGAUUUCCAUUGACCUGUAUGAACUAGAAGAAGAAUAUUACUCUUCCAGGUACAAAUAGGGCCAUGGACUCCCAUGUACUAACAAGCCUCCUCUUGUCUCCAGCCCUUUCUGAGAAACAGGAUAGGAGAGCAGAUUGUCCUUAAGACACAAGCCUAAAUGGAUAUUUCCCCUUAAAAUUCACACCUGUUUUUAAUUAGAUCAAACUUGUCUUCUGCAACCUAAAACAAGCUAUCGAGAUGCAAAGCAGUCAGGCUGGUAUGGGGCAGAGCCUCUUUCUGUGCCAGUUCUUUCACAAGUGUCUUAAACUACAUAACAUGCCUAUUCCUUGUAGCUCACCCCCACCAACUGUCUGAAAUCUGUUUAAAAUGAACAUUUAAAAUUAACUAAAGGGACAUCAUCAAGUAGCUUAGAAUCAACAUUUUUCUAUCUCUAGCAGGGUGAGAGGGUUGGUGGUUUUUUGUAAAAACUUACCACUAAUGUAUCUUUUGUGAAAUCUUUUUAAAGACUUUCAAUAGAACAUAGGUUCUGGUGGAUACAACUUUUUUCCCCUCCUAAUAUUGUUGCAACCCCCAACAUCGCUAGUUAAUGAGGUCCAGUAAAUGAAAGUGACCAGAAUCCGAUCUGAAAGGGACUGGUUUGGUUGCACUGUCCAAGGUCAGUGAAGUGCAACAAAUUCUAAUAAUUACAAGCCACAUCUAAACACCACAGACAAGUUAAUCAACAGCAUAAAUGGUAAAAAGCAAACGAGUUCUUUAAACUUCUUUCACUUUUAAUAAGCUUUGAUAAGAUGAUUUUUUUUAAUUUUAUUAUUUUUUAAUUCCCUAAAAUGUUUAAUGGUAGCUACAGAUGCUCAAGUCAACUGGAACUUAGAAAAUCAGGCCAUAAUUUACUAGUAAUGCAGGUAUUUUAGAAAUAAAUGUUAGCCCAACAGUGUCCCUUUAAAAUUGAUGCAUUAUUUUAAGAAAAUUUACCUUUCAUAACUGGGAAAAGGAGAGCAACAAUUAUAAAAAGAUGUCUUAGGACAGUGAGAGGCCCACUAAAUAUUUUGGAGAUGAGUGGAAAGGGAGUUGAGUAGGGUUACACAAUGCUGACUGAUCUAAGCAAAAUUUCUGGUCUUCUCUGGGGUCAGGACUUUAUUAUUUCAUAACUUGAUUGGACAGCAAAGCAGUGGAUGUUGUCUAACAGGGGUGUGUGCAGUUAUGGUGACCCAAAUGUGAGCCUGUGAUGUGUGUAUGUGGUAUUGUAACCAGACACUCUGGCAUGUACACUUGUGGUUCUAAAAUGGUUAUUUUAAUCUUUGGACCAAUGGGUUCUGACCAUGCUAGUGUGGUCUUUUAUCUACCUAGCUCUGAAACUGCACUAAGCAAUCAUUCCUAGCAGAACUACUGUCUAAGCAGGAGUGGGGGGGGGGGUUGUCCCCUCCCUCCCCCCAUUGUACCAAAUCAAUCCAUUCUUCUGUUUCUAAUAUGAAGUGCUCGUUUGGUGAGAAAUCUUGCCUAGAAUAUAGAGCUAUGCUCUCUUUAAUGACGCCUCAUAUCCUGUAGCUGCACCUAGUGUUUUAUCUACUGGUCCUUGAGCACUUAUUUCCUUUUCCUUCAUGUGCCAUCGGCUACAGUUUUUAACCAAUCUUUAUUUCUGCACCAAAGAAACAUGUGAGUGUUUAAAUAGAAACAACAAGUGGCUUAUUCAAAGUGCUUUUAUAAAUGGUCAUAAAGAUUUUUUUUUUUAACAGCAUUUUACUGUCUGAUGUGGAGAAAGGGGUUUCUAUUUUGUAUUAAAGCACACAUGGCUGUAGGAUGUUAAUUAUGUUUAAAUGGCUGUAAAGACUCAGUGUGUACCUGGAGAGGGCGACAUGAAACUGAUUCUGAGAGCUCAGCUGGGGGUCAGUAGCUGUCAGCUCCUUGUGCUGUCUAGGAUCAAGCAUAUCAUUUUGUGCUAUAGUGGCCCGAUCCUGCUCUCACUUAAAUUGAUGGGAGCUUUGCAGUUGACUUCAGUGGGAGCAGGACAGUAGGAUUCCACACAACCACCAUUCCAAAUUGCUCUCUCAAUCUCUGGUUUCCGUUGGUGGAUUUUCACCAUCCCCAGUAGUUAGAGCUUUAGAGUUUAACACUUGAAACACUGUUGUUUCCUGGCAUCCCUUUGGGUGAAGCUGCAGAGCAUUGCGUUCUCUGCACCCAGUCUGUUAGCCUCUGGCUGGUCCCUGUGUAUUGCUAGGGCCCAAAAGUCCUUGUGCAGACAAAACUCCUGUUGACUUUACUGCUUGUCUGUGAGAGGACUAUAGAAUUAGACUCUGUGCUUUUGGGUAGGUGUCACCUGGAAGGGCAUGUUCUCACUCCCAUCACGGUAGCAGGGGUUUGGGAGACACUCUUGCCCUAUAUACUGGUAAAUACUGCGUGUCCGUAGGGUUUUUGCUAGUAAAUAUUGACUUCAUGAGGAAACUUGCGAGCCAAGAAUCUUUCAAAGCAACUCAUGUGCUUUUGUGUUCUAGGCAGGUGCCUUCCCACACAGUCCCAAUAGUGCCCUGGGAGAGCAUUUAACAUCUCCUUUGGGUUCACAUCCAGCCAUGCCUCAGGGUCCUCUCCACUGGGAGGCUAGAUGGUGCCUUGCAGAGCCCCAUAGCAACUAUGAACUUCGAGUUACUGGCUGGAGAGCUGUAGUGUAAAUUUUGAGGUCUCUAUAAUUUGGAGGGAAGGGGGGUGGAGGGAGGAGAAGGAGAGAUGCCCACUUCCUUUCCAGAGCUGCAUUCUACCCGGAUGCUAGGCUGAAGAGUUCUUAGUAGUCCUCCAGUGUGAGGUGUGCUGGACACCAGACCCUAGUGCUCUGGGAUCCAGUCCUGAGGGGCUGAGAUCCAGGAGUAAGGGAGAGAAAUGGUUGGUGGAUUCAGGACUAAAUAGGCCCCAGUCCUGCAGUCCUUCAUGCAUACCUCAGUGGCAGCUUUGUUUUGCAUGGUCACUGCAGGAUGUGGUGCUAAGCCUUCAUACCCCAAUGAAGGGACCUCACUUGGUAAUAGUACAAAAGCCCCAGAUGCUAAGCCCCCACCCCUCUUCUCUAGCAAACCCAGCGGGGCAACUGCUGGGAAAGAGAUGACUUGGCAUUGAGUGAAUUCUCUGUAACUGCCAAAAACCAAGUGUCUAAAAUCAGUGACCUCCUCAUGUGCUUAUUCCCCAAAGAUGUAGCUCCGUGCACUCCAGCUUGCCUUAUCCAGCCACCUGUGGCUGGAGCUCUGAAUUCCUGGUCCACCACUCCCGUCUCUUUGAGAGCAUGGCUUGAUGACUGGAGGGUGGGUUUGGAGUUCAACCUGUUAGACACAUCUCUUCAGUUCAAAGUGUUUAGUCUCUUUUUAUAUUUUUUACUCUUAAAAUAUUUCCCAAAAAUCUCUAUUUGAGUCUAUUAAUGGUAAAACAAACCCAAGGGGUCCAGUGGUUUUCUUGAUUCUGUUUUAUUUAUUUUGAACACAAGCUACUUCCUGUUCCAGCACUCACUUCGGUCUCUGGAUGUCUCUUGCAUGGGCAGCUCCUUCCUCUCUUCCAGCGUUUUUUCCUCUAUUUUUAUUUUGGUUUAUAGCCCUGCCACUGUGCAUCCGCCUCAGACUUUAGAGCAGGACCUAGGGCAACACAGGGACAAGAGAUAGCCACUGACUUAGGAACACAGGAUUUGCCAUAACUGUUCACCUUACUGGUCCACCUAAUCUUAUACCCUGCAGUGGUCAACCACUGUUGCCUGCUUUUUCAGAGGAGCUGAGCACACGCAAUUCCUGUUGAAGUUAAUGGGAGCUACAGGUGAUCAACGCCUUUGAAAGUCUGGCCAAAGAUGCUGCAGGAGAAGGCAUAAAUCUCCCAUAAAUCUUAGCCAAUCUUGUAAUGCUGGAGAUGGGGAAGGGGAGGUUUCCUGACCCCCUACAGUGAUCCUGCAGCAUGAGACUCAAUUGUCCUUUUCUUAGCACAUAACUUUUGUAGCUAUUAGUCAUAACACUAGAGUAGGGGAGAAGGGGAUAGAGACUUUGGGUUUUUUUGGUUCUUAACAAAAAGAAUGGAGUGAUGAUCUUACAAAUACAGACCUUCAAACAAUUCAGUGACAAUCUAGUAAUGCUCCUUGAAAGAACUUAAAGUACAUUUUUUGGUGGGGUAGGGGCAGGUUGUUUGUUUUUUGCCCCAUGGUAGAUCAAGAAUAACCCUGAUUCUAACCACUUACAGCCCAAACUUUUAAAAACUUUUAGACCUGUGUUUGAGAGGUGUAGAGUACUCACAGCUCCAAGCACCUGGAGUUGUGAGCACACUCUGCUUUUCUAAAAACUCAGGAUCAGAUGUCUUAAGUUGGGCACCCAAAAUCACUAAUGAAAUUAGGGCCGAAGGGCCUGAUUCUCCUCUUGGUUGGUUCCUGAUCCAACUCUCAGUGAAAUUGCCAGGGAUGAAACCCUGGCCCCGCUUACGUGAAUGGGAGUUUUGCCAUUGACUUUAAUGAGGCUGGGAUUUUGCCUCAGGUGUCUUUCCUUUGACUUGAAUGGGAAUGAGAGUGGGAGCACACGCCAAUUUCAGACUGGAGUAACACCACUGGCUUCAGUGAAAGGACUCCUGACCCUUCCCAGGGCAGUGAGAUCACACACCAGCCUGAGUCCUGUUAGGGAACAUCAGUGUCACGAGACUCGUGAUAAAGUUUUGAUCCACAAACAUGAUGUCCAUGUAUCAGGGGGUAGCCGUUUUAGUCUGUAUCCACAAAAACAACGAGGAGUCCGGUGGCACCUUAAAGACAAACAGAUUUAUUUGGGCAUAAGCUUUCAUGGGUAAAAAAUUCAUCUGAAGAAGUGGGGGGUUUUACCCACGAAAGCUUAUGCCCAAAUGAAUAUGUUAGUCUUUAAGGUGUCACCGGACUCCUCAUUGUUAUUAUGUCCACGGAUGCUUUUGCCAUUUUCUUAACACUUUGCUUCUGUCUUGCUUUCUCUCCCCGCCUCUUUUUUUCCCCCCCCCUCCGCUCUCUGAUUGCAACUCCUGUCUCUCCUUACUGGGGUGGCUUGUUCUGGAAAGCUACAGUCUAUGUGACACCAAUGAUCUUCCUCUGUGCGAAGCCUACUGGAGAGAAGACCCUGCCGUGCUUUCCCCCGAAGGCCUCUCCAUGCCUCUGGCAGCUGCCACGGCAGAGCAGAGCACUACAGCCCCUCAGAGCUCAACCCCAUCGCACCCUCACGUGAACGGGCACGGGGCAGGCCCAAUGGAGCACUCCUGAAGAGGAUGCCGUGCCCGCUGAGCACACUCAAACCAGUGGUGCUGAGCUGCUGGAGUCUUCCCAGCUGCUGAAUUGAGCCAACUUUCUCCCACUGCCGGAAUAGCAUACUGUAGCUGUGUUUGCAGGUCAGCUGCUGCCGUUCACUGGAUAUCAGCAGUGUCUUCUUCACCUCUUGAGCCGCGCCCGUGAAAGUGUUCCCAUAGGGCUAUGGUAGAAGUAAUAGGCCAACAGGAAACUGACUGCUGUAGCAACUUUGAGCUAGGAUUUGUCUUAUGUUACCACAUGAUGGCUACAUGUAGAGACCAUUAGGAGCAUGGAGUUUGUUUCCAUGUGAAUCCCGGGUUGGGAACAUGUUGUUGCGCUGUGCAGGAAUCUAGUGUAUUCUGGUUCUGAAUAGGAAAUUUGGGUCAAGGUUUGGGGUGGGUUUUUUUAGUAUUUAUUUCUUCCUAAGACUCAAGUUAACCAACAUUGGGGUGCUUCCUAUAUCAGUAUUCUCAGCCUCUUCCUCUUCUGGGGUGGCACUAAAAUGACUUCUGCUGUAGUUUACAAGAAUAAUAACCUCCUCAGUACUUGUAUAUAACACUCUUCACCCUCAAGGUGCUCUGCAAACUUGAAUCCUUGUGCUCAGAAACUACUGAGAUGGGAGAGCUAAAACUACCUGGACUCCCCAGAACACCCCUGCCACAGACAUAAAUACUAUUCCCAUUGAAGUGCAAGGGAAACUGAGGCAGCAGUGCAGUGACUUACCCAAGGCUAUAGUUGGAGGCAGUGUCAGCGCCAGGAUUAGAAUUAAGGACUCUCUGGCUCCCAAGUGGGUGUUCUCUCAUAGCCUGAGACCACUGCAAACUGCUUCCUCCUUUCAGUCAUUUAAGCUAAUUCUACUUGUAUAAUUGAAAGAAAGUAUUUGAAAUGGGAUGUAACCAUUAGAUCAAUGUCCAAUCAUUGUUGAACUACUGGUGUACCCAGAAUGCAAUUAAGUCCCUGGUCAGUAUUCUACUGUAGCUUCACACAUCUCUGUGGGGUUGUUUUUCCCCCCACUCCAUUUGUUUUGUAAGUAGAUGGCUGAAUAAAACUAACUUUGUUUUGUA